UAUCAGUACUGACGACACUAUUUACUUUCCACCACAUGCUUAGCGGAGGAUUUGAAGAGAAACUUCACCCCUUGUAUGUACAGCGGCGCUUUAAUUUUGUUUCAGACUUUAUGAGGAUUUGAAGAUUGGAUCAGUCAUGGAUGGAGACGUACUGUCUUUAUCAUCUUCUUCAUCACUAUCAUCCUCACCAACAACAGCAGCAGCAGAAACACAGAAAGAUACUUCGCCUAAGAGUGACAGUAGACUCCCUCAGAGCGAACAGAAACACAGUUCAGCUGAAGAAUUAUGGACAGAGGAUGUGAGUCCCGUGGGUGACAGGUUGCUGUCCACUGAGGAGCAAGUCACUCUGAUCACUGAGAGUAUGACAGUCACCUCCACUGACCAGGAGAAAUUGCUGCUGCUCAACAAGAACACUGAGCUCCGCAGAGUCAACAAAGAGCUGAUGAAGCUGAAUGAGGACUGGGACCAGGUGUACCGCAGCGCCACGCUGAGUCUACAGCAGAGACUGGAGGGUUUGGAGCUGGAGAACACUGCCAUCAAACAGCUGAACAGCAGACUGCUGCUCAAAGUGGAGCACCAACAGAGUGCAAAAGAGUACUACGAGCAGGCUUUGAUGCAGGAGCUGAAGAAGAACCAGGAGCUGCAAGAAUAUGUCAGGCUGCUGGAGAACAGGAUGCACCACUCAGAGAGAGCCAGCCCCCCUGCCAGACAGGGCAGUUUCAGUGCUGUGGUUAGUGGUCCUGUGUCCUGCCCCACGAGUAAUCCACCCACCCUGUCACCCAGCCACUUCUCUGGAUGCAACCCUUCACCCACUAUUUUCUCAGCUUCCUCAAGCCCAGAGGCACAGUGGCAGGGAAAAAGCCAGAGCAGCAGUACCUCACUGGGAGCACUGGGAGACUCCCAGCAAGAAGUGCAGGAUCUAAAAGAGCAGCUGCAGGCGCUGAGAUGUCAGACUCAAAUUUAUGAAGCGGAAUUUCAGACAGAACAUAACGACCACAAACACACACUGCUGGAGAACCGGAGGCUGAGGAGGAAGAGGGAGGAGAUGCGCCAACAGGUGGCACUACUGCAAGAGCAGCUCAAGGUUUAUGAGGAUGACUUCCGAAGGGAGCGGUCUGACAAACAGAUGCUGCAGCGGCUGUUGUUAAAGAAAACGCCUCAGAACAAGGACCCUGUGCUUAUCCACCGCUGCAAUAAUGAACAGCAGCCGCCAGGAGGAGACAAGAGGACACAAAGUGGAGAGAAAAGAAAACAGCAUCACCCACUCUGCCCCAAGCACCAGAACAGGGACAAAGUGUCAGACUGAGGCAGAGGGAGAGAAAACCCUGACCAUGCACCAUGAUGUGUAAGAGUUUAAACUCUUACACUUCAUGGAAAAUGAAAGUCACACGUGUCAAUGAUUUGUUUUCACUCUCAUUUGAAAAACCAGCACAGAGGUGUUGCAGAGGGGCUGCAGUAAUUCUUUUGGACUCUUUUUCAGAUUUCCAAAUGUCCAUCUCUCUCUCUCUCAAACAGCUGCAUUAUCUGAAUAAUGCUGACAGUAAAUAGCAUGUACUAAAGGUUUAGGGAAGUAGCCCAACAUGAACAAAUCUAGGGUCAAAUGUUUCACUUGCCCUUCAGAGUUUCUCCUUGGUAAGUUUCAUAAAUAUAUUGAAAGGGUAAACUUCAGUUUUAGAUUAUAGUUACUUGGGGCUUUAGUUUUUUAACACUUGUUAACUUUGCUAUCUCUAUAUAUUUAAUGUAGCUAAUAUAAUUCUUUCUAAUAUAUAAUUUUCUCCAUAGUUAAUUUUCUAUAUUCACUCUCAUGUGGAUAGUAAGUUUUUAUAUUUUGAAAAGCCAUAAAUGGUUAUAAUUAUAAAAUAAAUACUGAGAACUGAUCUAAUUGUGCUGGUGGUUUGUCACCUGCUUCAACAGGAGGGUAUUACCCACAUUUAUCACCUUAUGAUUGAUGAUAUGUCAUAUUGAUGAUAUGUUUGUUUCCUUACUGGAUUCCUCUGAAGUCUGUAAGAAUAUUUUCCUCUCAGUCUCCUUAUCUCAUUAAAAUGUAUAAUGAAAUGUGUUACCAGUGAUACAAGAAAGCCCCCGGAAGAGCUGUUGGGGAAACGGUGGAUCGCUUCUGGACUGUGCUGCAGAGCUAAUGUUUGCUCUGUCACCAGGAAGUUGAAAGGUUUACUGCUUUUCUUUCCCGGUCACUGGUCCACUGAAACUACUGACACAUAUCAUCACAUUGCAGAAGGGGCCAAAGGGUGAUUAGGGGUUUUCCUCGGUAAAUUUUCUCAGCAUCCUUGGAAAGUUCCUGUCAGGCUAAAGAAAAAAAACUUAACUUGUCUUUUGUAUGACACACAGUAUACAUACAAGUACUAUUUUGUUUUGUUUUAUUUUGUGAUCAGUGAUCAGUUUAUCAAUUAAUCAUGUCUACUCACACAUUUUCACACACUGUAAAAUAAAAAUGACGUUUCGGUAUC